AUGCCAGUGUUUUUCUCUUGUUCUGGUGAAGCGGACCUGAGUGAAGUACUUUCCACAAUUGAAGAGCAUCAAAUAUCCAUGCAACGCAUGCUGCACAACUCAUAUGUUGGCAUUCUCAAGGACAAAGUGGAAUUCUGGGCUGGGAAACUUGACCUGGCGCAACAAGUCCUGGGUAUAAGAAAAGAACCUACUGUCGACCAGCUCCGCAUCAAGGAACUGGCACAACUUCAGCGCCAGUGGAUUGGCCUUCAGAGCAUUUUCGGCAGCCCUGAGGCACUACAACAAUUACCGGAUGAGACAGAAGCAUUUGAAAGGGUUGAUGGAUUUUGGAGGGCGUAUCUGCGGAAGAUUCGGAAUGAGCAAUCCAACGUCAUAACAGUUGUGGAAGAGGAAGGGCUAUUCGAGAUCGUUGAGGAAAAAAACAAAACUUUAGCUGCAGUGCAGCGCAAGCUAGAGGACUACCUUGAUCUGAAGCGUGUGGCCUUCCCAAGAUUUUAUUUUCUCUCCAGAGAGGAACUGGUCAAGAUAAUCUCGAAAGCCAAGCAGCCCAAUGCCUUGCAACAAUGCUUCCAAAAGUGCUUCGAUGGAGUCCAUGCUGUUGCUGUGGCACCAAAUGGAACUUCAAUCGAAGCCCUGUAUUCCGAGGAUGCAUACAAACUGGACCUCCUACAGCCUGUCAAUGCGCUAGCACCCGUCGAACAAUGGUUUGCAUCUCUUGAAGAAGCUAUGAUAGAUUCGUUGAAGAUUAAUUUGAAGGCUGCUAUUCAAACGAAAGUGGACCCAGGAGUCGACUUGGAGCAAUGGCUGAAUGAGUACCCUCCUCAGUGCAUAUUGACUGCAGCAAUGAUUCACUGGUUUUCCCAAACGGAGGAUGCUCUACACAUAGCGCAAUCGGAAGGAGAAUUUUGCGCCUUUCAAGAGCGCUUGGAAGACACCAACAACGAGAUUCAACAGCUUGCGUUGCUCAAUUCAAAGACAAAUGUUCCAUCGAUUCAAAAAUUGGCACAGUCUUCGCUUGUUUUGAUGGUUCAUGCCCGUGACAUUUUGAGCGCGUUGGGUCGGGCGAAGAACAUCAGCCCUUCGUGUUUUGAAUGGAAUAGGCAGCUGCGCUACUACUGGCAAACUGAUGAUGAGCACUGCAACAUUGAGCAGCUGCAGGCAAAAUUCCAAUACAGGCACGAGUUUCUCGGCUCCUCAUCGAGAUUGGUUAUCACACCCUUGACUGACAAGUGCUUCGUGACCCUUACUUCGGCCUUACAACUUGGGUAUGGUGGCGCUCCUGCUGGGCCUGCUGGAACAGGUACAGCAUACGGACGAAGCUUCCUCUAUACCCGGGCCGACACGCGCCAGACUACAAAUGAAAUAGCAUGGGAUCUGCGACGUUACCAAAGGCGUGCGCUGAAUGCGUGCUACGCAAUGCAGGAAAGACUGAAACAGUGA